UUCUUUCCGGUUGUCAAAAAGUGCAGAGACGACACAAGUAGUUAAAAAUGGCUGACGUUGAUGUUGAUGUGCCCUCCGCCGCGCCAGUAAUUGGUGACAAAAUGGACAUCAAUACCGCCCUGCAAGAGGUGCUGAAGAAGUCUCUCAUUGCUGAUGGUUUGGUUCAUGGCAUUCACCAAGCGUGCAAAGCUUUGGACAAGCGCCAAGCCGUUUUGUGCAUCCUCGCCGAUUCGAUGGACGUUGAUUUAUACAAGAAACUCGUUACUGCACUCUGCCAUGAACAUCAAAUCCCACUUAUCCGAGUAGAUUCUCACAAGAAAUUGGGUGAAUGGUCUGGGCUAUGCAAGAUCGACAAAGAGGGCAAGCCACGUAAGGUCAGUGGAUGCGCUGUUGUGGUUAUCAAGGAUUUUGGUGAGGAGACCCCUGCUUUGGAUGUUGUGAAAGAACAUCUGCGUCAAAAUAGCUAAACGCGCUGUGUGUGUUUUAGUUUUGAAUAACUUUCAACAAAUAUAGUGAUUUGUGAUGUUAGAGGAUCACAAAAUAUUAAAAACCGUGUGUUUUUGAGCAAAAAAUCUUUUAUAAAUAAAAAGUUUAAACCAGAUACAUAAA